CAGCCGGCUGCCAAUCGCACGCCUCUACCAACGCCCCUUAAAGGCGCCGCCGACGCCGCCUGAGCCGAGACGGAUCAGUUUCUCGGUUCCUGCCCCCAACUGCGGAAUGGAGUCGUCCCGGGGGCGGCCUGGGCCCGAGGCGGACCUCCCGGCAGUGGGGGAACAGAUCUUUGGCGGCGGGCCGGGCCGAACGCCCUCUGAGCCGCCCUCAGGCCUCCCGGCGUCUGGGAAGGAAGAGGCCGAGAACGUUGGGGGCGCGAGCCGCCACCCUGGGGCGUCCCCGAAGACUUCCAGCCGCGGCGCCGUCCACCGGGCCGAGCGGGAGACUCGGGACGACGAGCCCGGCCGCGGCGGGGCGUGCGGCGGUGCAGGGUCCGCAGGGGGUGCCGAGCCCGGCGCCGGCGGCGGGCGCCGCGCCACCAUCUCCAGUCCCCUGGAGCUCGAGGGCACCGUGAGCCGCCAUGGCGACCUCACCCACUUCGUCGCCAACAACCUGCAACUCAAGAUUCGUCUGAGCGGCGCCCCUCAGCCCCCGCCCCCCGCUCCCGCUCGGCCCUGUGCGACGCCCGCACCGACUCCGGCCAUCCCUCCCAUCGACCCCGACGUGCUGCGGGACCUGGAGCGGCUGAGUCGGGAGCUGGGCGGCCGGGUGGACCGUCUGCUGCGCGGGCUGGGUGGGGCGGUGCAGGAGCUGACAGCGCUCAGCGUGGGCUGCAUCCAGACCUACCGCGACGCCGUGGACUCCCUAGGCGAGGCCGUGGACAUGAGCAUCAAGGGCAUGUACACCCUGCUGGCCCGCUGUGAGGAGCUGGAGCGGGCGCUGCAGCCAGUUCAGGGGCUGGCGCGCCAAGUCCGGGAUAUCCGACGCACUCUGGAGGUGUUGGAGGCCCUGUGCAAGUGACCGGGAGGGCAGGAGAGGGCUGGCCAAGCCAGGGCCCUGCAGGAUCCUAAGGACUCAAGGAUCCCUGGUGGGAACUGCCCGCCGAAGGGAGGCCUAUAUACUGCAGGCUCUUUCAGAUGCAUUUAGCAGGCCCGCGACCACUCGCUGGGCCUUAUUCAGGUGUACAUGGGGGAGUACUAAAGCCUUUCCUGGUGGGAGGGGAUGAUGCCUUGCUUCUAUUAAGUUGGCCAUCUGUAGCUACUUUGUUCUCAACUCUCUUCUCCAGCUAGAGCACCGUCUCUGGGAACCCGGGGCCUUCGGACUCGGCUUGGGAGACAUGACUGCCAUAUGUAGUUCAAAAAGGAGAACAGAAGAGGCCCCAGCCCCCACUGUGGCCACCCUGACCCCCGUAGUCACACCUCAGGUGCCAGGGACUGUGGGGACGUGAGUGGUCCUUGGGCACCCACCAGAGAGACAAGAAUGCACAUCUGCAGAUGGGUAACCACCUGCUUCUGCCCUCUGGUCCCCUACCAUCCCACCUCCCCAGCCAGACCCGGGUGGAGCUAGACGGAAUGCAUUGCAUGGUAGAGGGGGUGAGGUGGGAGGGGUCCUGCUGCUCUCAGGGUUCAGGCAGAAUUGUUGCUGGUUUUGAAGCCGACUUGUGGAGUGUUCUAAUCAGUUUUGGCUUUCUGAGUUUUUGUGGAAUUAAAGCACGGCUGCUAAGGCU